AUGGCGUGGUACGCUCUACCACUAUCAGCGUCUGCCGGUGCACAUCUGCCGCCCCUCCUUCUUUCAACGGCAUUCACUGCCAGCUCGUUUACAGUCCACCUUACAGACCUCACGCAUAUCUGGAGCGAGACUCUCACCCGGGCCGAGAUUGUACAACGCAGCAGAGAGGAGGGGACAAGCAUCGAUCCCAGCGAGACGGGCCAAUUGAAAAUAUUCCUGGAGAAGAUCAAGCUCGGCCUUGCAGGUGGGAAAGGUACAACAUUAGCUCUCACUAUCAACGGCGAUCCGGAUCGGCCCUCUCUUGUGCUCAGCGUGUCGGUCAAUCUCCCGGGCGGACUUCAACCACUACGAUGGCCUGUUCGGCUGUCUGCGGCACCGCAGGCUUUGCUGACGAGUCAGUUGACAAUGCCGCUGUUGCAAACGCAUCAUGUACACAUGCAGGAGAUGGCUGGGCUCAUAGAUGUGUUGAAAGAUAAGGAUCAUGUAAUACAAAAGCUACUGGACAAGCUAGAGGAACAAGGGAUUGAACUGGGUCAGAUAUUCCCGCAGGCCGCAGGGAAGGUUGGACGUAAAGUGGAUCGCAAGAAGGCAGAGGAAAAAGUGAGAGGUAUUGCUCGAUUUGAUGUGGAUGCUUGGCGGCAAGGACUCGAUUGCGGGCAGCCAGAAGAAAAGUCGAAAUUGAUUGGAGAGGUAUUCUCGUCGCAGACAGACAAUGCGAAAUCUGAAUUUCCUGCAGCCAAUGAAGAACAGCAAAGUUGGUGGGAAGACAUCAAGGGACUGACAGUCCAGCUCGAUUCUGGCAAGAUAUCGACAAAGGGUCCCUCGAAACCCAACAAAUCAACACCUCAACCAACAUUAAACAAAGACGAAACACAGCAAGAAGAUGAUGCCUUCCAAACUCAGUCCACUCCACCUCCUGUUGCUACGAGAUCCAAACCACCUCCAUCCAAAUCAGCUCUGAAGUCCACCAAAAUAGGUGACUCUACGGAUGAAGACGACGAUGAUCUUGACGGACCAUCUCAAAGCUCUAGAGUCCCCGACAGCUUCCCAGCAUCACCACCACCUCCAUUCUCCAAACCGACCAAGAAACUCGGUGGCCUCGGCAAGAAAAAAGUUGCUCAUCAACACUCUCCGCCAGUUGAGUCUAAUGAUGACGAAGACGAAAAAGGUUCUGCAGAGGAGACCACAUCCCGUGAAUCUAGCCCAACAAAGCAGAGAACAACAUCUCCAACUCCCGAAUCUAUUUCAGUGCCCCACCGACCCCAAAAGAAGCUCGGUAAAUUACCUGGGGCCAAGAAAGUCGCUCCUCCGGCUGAGCCUGAACCAGAACCAGGUGCUGAGCCACAACAUUCUUCAACAGAAGACGAUGCAGAACCAGAACAGGAGAAAGGAAAAGAACCAUCUCUGUCUCCACCACCCGCCCAUUCCUUAAAAGCAAAGAAAGGUAAACUCGGCUCCCUCGGCCGGAAAAAGAACACUGUGGCAGCCUCUACGUCCGCCUCAGUCGACCAAGAAGGAGAUCCAGACGCGGAACCAGCAUCCACGCCACCCGCAAGCACUCCCCCCGAAUCGCACCCUGGCUCAAACGCAACUACACCGAAGCGCAAACUAGGCGGUCUCAGAGGAAGCAAGAAGACCAAGAAGGAAGAUGGAGUGAAAGAAGAGGAGAGUAGUCAGCGAGGAAGAGGGAGUUCGCCCGUGGAGAAAGAGGUGACGAAAACGCCGGAGCCGAGAGAGACGUCGUUGGAGAGAGCGGAUAGGAAGAGAGCGGAGUUGAAGAGGGAGUUGGAGGAGAAGGCUAAGGCGCCGGUGAAGAAGAAGAGGAAGUUUUGA